AAAUAAGUGAAGAAUCCAACACAAUGACUUCAAUGGAGCUAGAGCUAACAAUUGAAAAGGUCAUAUCAGCUCCAGAUUACUCACCCACAGAGAUCAGUGAGUCCAAUGAUGAUCAACAAAAAGUUAUAUUGACUAUCAGGGAUCUGGUUGAGAUAUUACGAGUUUUAAAAGAUGGUCAUUUUCAAACUAUCAAAUGGUUUGAUCUUGGUCUCUAUUUGGGUCUGAUUCAUAAUGAUCUCAAGGUUAUUGAGACUAACUAUCCACGAGAUGCUGAGCGAUGUCUCAGAGAAUGUUUAGCAAAAUGGCUUACAGAUGAUAUUGAAGCAACAUGGGAGAAACUAGCUAUUGCCGCUAGUGAAGUAGGAGAGAUAUCAGUUGCUGAAUAUAUUAAGUGAGAUUGCAAUUAAUUA